CAAAUAAUCUCAGACUCCUCAUUCCUCUUCCCACCUCCAGGCGUGGAGCAUUUUAGGGAUGACACUCAGGAGAAGAUAAGGUGGCAAAUGCCCUCCAUGGGACAUUCUCCAGCAACAACCUCUCAGAUCCCUCCUAUAACUCUUAGUGAAAUUAAAAAGUUGGAAUUUUGAAGGAAUAAAAUCUGAAGGGAACGGAGUUGUCUUGGUGUUUUCAGGUAGAUGUGAUACUGCAGUGCUUCAUGUUUAUUGUUAAGAUGAAAAGCUGGAGAACCCUUUAGUCUGUUUUAUGUUGUGAGAUCAAGACGCUUUGUGUAGAUGGGCUUCUCUGCUUCUGAGUUCUUUGUAGAGACACAGAAAACUUAUCUUGUAGCAGUGCAGAGGUGGUAUUUUGAUGAUGAUGGUCCAACUGGUUUCAUAUUUGUUCCACUUAACAGCUGAUCUGAGAUGGUUCAAUCCAUAUAUCCAUAUUUCAACCCUGCCAGCAAACCUGUUGAUAAUAAACAGUUCUUAACAGCCCAAGAGCUCUCUCAUCCAGGCUCAAUAAACAAUUCCAAAAGAAGACCACUACUCAGAGAGAAUGGUUGUUCUCCAAAUGAGAUCUCUGCUGAAAACCUUCAUAUUUAAGCAUAUUAAUUGCAGGUCUCUGCCAACAGAAUAAAGCAGACUCGUUUCAAGUGUUAGCUGCUCUAAUUAAGAUGUGUACUGAAAACAGUUUUUAACAUUCUAAUUGUAAACUGUGCAAUAAUAAACCAACAGAAAGUUAGCUGGAGCCAAAACCAUUCAUUAUUUGCAGCCAGAAAUGAAGCUUCAGUUGCGUUCUUUCCUGUAACAAACUUGAAUAUCUGCCUGAUAGAAGCUGAUGCCUUUGCACAGCUGCAGGACAAAUUCAUUCGGACUGCACUUACUGUGCUCUGUACUUCAACCCGGCUCUGCUUUUACUGAGACUUUAACCUCGCUUAGAUGCCUUUUUUUUUUUUUUGCAGGUCUUGUCAGCCUGCGUCACAACACAGACGCCAUGGAGGGCCUUUAAAGUCGGUAUUGUUUUGGAAAAUGCCAAGCCGGAAGUAUGCUGAUGGUGAGGUGGUGAUGGGUCGUUGGCCAGGAAGUGUCCUGUACUAUGAAGUGCAAGUGACUAGUUAUGAUGAUGCUUCUCAUCUUUAUACUGUGAAGUACAAAGAUGGUACCGAACUUGCUUUGAAGGAAAGCGAUAUAAGGUCACAAUCGUCAUUCAAGCAAAGGAAAAGCCAGUCUUCUUCGAGUUCUCCUUCCAGAAGAAGUAGAAGCAGGUCUCGAUCCAGAUCUCCUGGUCGGCCAGCAAAAGGCAGACGUCGCUCCUCUUCCCAUAGCAGAGAGCAUAAAGAUGACAAAAAGAAAAUAAUUCAGGAAACCACUUUAGCUCUACCGAAACCAAGUGAGAACAACACCAGAAGGUACAAUGGUGAACCUGACAGUACGGAAAGAAAUGACACAUCCAGCAAACUCUUGGAGCAGCAAAAAUUGAAACCAGAUGUGGAAAUGGAGCGAGUGCUCGAUCAGUACAGCUUGCGUUCAAGGAGAGAAGAAAAGAAAAAAGAAGAGAUCUAUGCAGAGAAGAAGAUCUUUGAGACAAUAAAAACUAUGGAGAAACCAUCAUCAAAAACAAAAGAGCUUGAAUUUGGUGGAAGAUUUGGGACCUUCAUGCUGAUAUUUCUCCUGCCUGCUACUGUGUUGUACUUACUGUUAAUGUGCAAACAGGAUGACCCCAGCCUUAUGAACUUCCCUCCUCCUCUCCCAACACUCGAAAGUCUUUGGGAAACUAAAGUGUUUGGCGUCUUUCUUCUGUGGUUUUUCUUUCAAGCUCUGUUUUACUUAUUGCCAAUAGGAAAGGUGGUGGAAGGCCUGCCUCUUUCAAAUGGAAGGAAGCUGCAGUACCGGAUCAAUGGGUUUUAUGCUUUUGUUUUGACUGCUGCAGCUAUUGGAACCCUACUGUAUUUUCAGUUCGAACUUCAUUAUUUGUAUGAUCACUUCAUACAGUUUGCAGUGUCAGCUGCAGCUUUUUCUAUGGUAUUGAGCAUUUAUUUGUAUAUUCGGUCCUUGAAGGCACCUGAGGAAGACCUGGCACCAGGAGGAAAUUCUGGAUACCUUGUUUAUGACUUCUUUACUGGACACGAAUUAAACCCUCGUAUUGGCAAUUUUGACCUCAAAUACUUCUGUGAGUUACGUCCAGGAUUAAUUGGCUGGGUUGUCAUAAACUUGGCAAUGCUCUUGGCUGAGAUGAAGAUACAUAAUCAAAGUAUGCCAUCGCUGUCAAUGAUACUCGUGAACAGCUUUCAGCUUCUGUAUGUGGUGGAUGCUCUUUGGAAUGAGGAAGCUGUUUUGACCACAAUGGAUAUUAUCCAUGAUGGGUUUGGAUUCAUGCUGGCGUUUGGAGAUUUGGUGUGGGUUCCAUUUGUCUACAGUCUGCAGGCCUUCUAUUUAGUUGGACACCCUAUUGCAAUUUCUUGGCCCGUCGCAGCUGCAAUUACUAUUCUGAACUGUAUUGGGUAUUACAUAUUCCGUAGUGCAAAUUCUCAGAAAAACAAUUUCCGAAGGAAUCCAGCAGAUCCCAAGUUGUCCUAUCUGAAAGUGAUACCCACUGCAACUGGAAAAGGGCUUCUUGUCACAGGUUGGUGGGGGUUUGUUCGUCACCCCAAUUACCUUGGUGAUAUCAUCAUGGCACUUGCGUGGUCUCUACCCUGUGGUUUUAAUCACAUUUUGCCGUAUUUCUACGUGAUUUAUUUCAUCUGCUUGCUUGUUCAUCGAGAAGCUCGUGAUGAACAUCAUUGUAAGAAAAAAUAUGGUUUGGCAUGGGAAAGGUAUUGUCAGCGUGUACCAUACCGCAUAUUUCCUUACAUCUACUAGAGCACUCCACAUACCUGAUCUGCAAAUUAAAAUAUACCUCUCACCUUUGCACUUGGUCGAUUUGUUAUCUAGGCUUUAAACAUUAAAUGUGACCAAACGAUGGAGUGCUUUUCAACAAGUAUUUGCAAGUAAUCCUAAAUGCUUAUGAGUUAUGUGAACUGACUUUCUAUGACCUCAAUUUAAGAAAAAAAAAUUGUGAAUUUUAAAAAGUCUUGGAGCCCUAAUUUUUCAAGCUAAAUUUUAUCUAGAAUUCUGAGUUUACAUUUUUUUUUAUUGCAUUAAUUAAGCACUGUGAUGUAAAGUAUAUUAUUUUCUUAAUACAAUAAACACAGGAGUUCCAUCCAGUGAAUUUUUUUGGUGUUACUUGUACCAUCUAACUUCAGAUGUCUGACUGAGCUGAGUGCAGAGAGCAGAGGCUCUGGGCAGCAGGGCUGUGAGCGGAGGAUUCAGCUCCCAGAAGGGCCCAAGCUCUCUGUGUGUGUCGCCCUGUGGCCCCUGGCUCGGGGCAGUGGCAUUUUUGGUCAGGAGGGCUCUGAAUGGCCCCUGCUGACCUGUCCUGCCAGAGGAUGGAUGGAGGGGAAGGAGAGUGCAAAUAUCCCCUCCAUCCUACCUCCCUGAGGCUUGAGCUGCUUUGGCAGUGCCCCAGCCCCCCUGCAGGGGCUCAGACCCCUGAAGGUAGAUGAUACAAAGGCAGAGCUGUGGGAGCGGUGAAUUCUAAUCUGGCAUCUUAACAGUGAGCCCAGGAGUAGCAAAAGGUGCAACGCGUGCAUAUUUGACAGAAAGGAAUAAAAUGACCACAGUUGGCUUAUUCUGAUCUUUGUAAAAUAUGUCUUAAUGUACCAUAGCGUUUCCCAAGUGUGUAUAAUAAAGCUUCCAGGUUUUUUGCUGUACAGUGUUUGGAUUUGAAAAGGCGCUUUUUUAGGAACAAGGAGAAAUUUUUAACUAAAUCCAUUUCCAGUAAUUUUUUAAAAAUGUUCAUUUAAUAAAGAUUUUUGUAAAUUAAUGUAUGAAUUCUCAAAACAAUUGAAGUGUUCAUUUAAAUAUUUGUAUUGACAGAUAUGCUAUGAAAAUGUGGUAAGUGCUCCUCUGUCCAAAGUGGGUUUUUUGUGUUUUUUUUUUCAAUUUGGCAUUGCUACCUCAUAUGUAGGUUUUGCCUUUUGUACUGUUGCAGAUAGAGAUAAUAGCUAUUUUUUUGCUACUGCUAUUUAAACCAACUUUUUUUACAUGAGCCUGUGGUUCAACUCAGCCACGUUCUAAUAUAUUUUUGUAUAUAUUUGAAUUUCUAACUAAUGUAUGUGUUCUAGGCAUUAGUUGUUUUCUUUGUCUAACUGGCUGUAAAUCGGAUGCCACUGAAGUAUUUUGCUUCAUAAGUAGAGUAAUUUUAUAUUUUACUGAAAUAACCUUGCAUUAACUAACUAGAGCUAGCAUUUACUUCCAUCUUCACAAGGGUUAACUUUUCACAUACUUCCUAUGUGAGGUUCAUAGCACAACUUCUCCCCAAGGCUUAUUAGAGUCACAUGUAGCAGGGAGGGAAUUGCAAGUAUGUCUGCAGUUGCUUGCAGGAAGAUUACUAACAAAUGAAAAUGUUGCAAUUGGUUCAUUGUGUUCAGUUCUUUUUAAAUACUGAUGUAAUUGAAAUCUAGCAUGUGAUGGGGCUUUUGUUAUUAAUUAAAAACCCUCUAUUUUGCACACAUGCAUUUUUAAUGACAAUUGUACAUGUAAAGUGUAUAUAAUGUAGCUUGCUGAGCUUGACUGUGAGUGUCUUCUGAAAAAUCUGUAUUUUGGUCUUGUAAGGAACACGUGUUAGGACAAGUAUUCUGAUUUCUGCAACAAAUAGCAGUGCCUGUAACAAUACUGAAGAGCAUUCACUUGUGUGAAGCAGCAGAUUAAACUGGGCUUUUUUUAAUCUUUUUUUUCUUUAAUGAUUGCUUACCGGAUUAGUAGGAAUAGCAGUCAUUCAACUGUUCCAGCCUGCAGCUGGUGUUUUAAAAUGGACUGAAGCUGGGGACAGUUUAACUCCUCAGCCCUUAAGCUCUGAGUUGCUACUGCCAUCCCAGUUAUAUCUGUUUCCCACACAAGAUUGUUAAACCGCAAUUCAGACCUUUUCCUUUCAGAAAUGGGUCUUGACUGAUAACUUCAGUUUCGUUUAUAUGCUGAAUUUGAUGUGAAUUUGAUUUUGAAGUAACUGUUUUUAAUACAAACAAGCAUACAAGCUAAAAUAAAGCUCUUGCUUAAAAUUA